GUGUCUACCUUAGACUAACCAAUGAAAUAAGAGCUAGAUCUGCCAAGCCCUCUGUACACUGCCUUUACUUACAGUUUAAUUCACAUGACAGUUUUGAACGUCGGCAAGGGUCUUUUCAAUGGCAACUCCCAAGAAAGUCUGCAUUAUUGGCUCUGGCAAUUGGGGCUCUGCCAUUGCCAAGAUAGUAGGCACCAAUGUUGCUCACAACUCCAAGUUUGACAACACUGUGACCAUGUGGGUGUUUGAGGAGCUGGUGGACGGUCGCAAACUGACAGAGAUCAUCAACACAGACCAUGAGAACGUCAAGUACCUGCCUGGACACAAGCUACCCCCCAAUGUGUUGGCAGUUCCUGAGCUGGUGGAUGCUGCCAAGGAAGCAGACAUCCUAGUGUUUGUGAUCCCCCACCAGUUCAUUGGCAGAGUGUGUGACACCAUGAAGGGGAAGAUAAAGAUUAAUGCACUAGGAAUGUCACUCAUCAAGGGUGUGGAUGAGGGCCCUGACGGACUGAAGCUCAUCUCUGAUGUGAUCCAGGAGAAGUUGGGCAUCGCCAUGAGUGUGUUGAUGGGGGCCAAUAUCGCCAACGAGGUCGCCGAUGAGAAGUUCUGUGAGACCACUAUCGGAUGUAAGGAUAAAGAACAUGGGGCUUUGCUGAAGGAACUCAUGCAGACCAGUAACUUCCGGGUCACUGUAGUGGAGGAGUCCGAUGUGGUUGAAAUCUGUGGCGCACUGAAGAACAUUGUGGCGGUGGGGGCGGGCUUCUGUGACGGCCUGGGCUUCGGGGACAACACCAAGGCCGCUGUAAUCCGACUGGGGCUGAUGGAGAUGAUCGCCUUCGCGCGCAUCUUCUGCACCGCAGGGCCCGUCUCCUCAGCAACCUUCCUGGAGAGUUGUGGCGUCGCCGACCUCAUCACGACCUGCUAUGGCGGCCGCAACCGUAAAGUGGCCGAAGCCUUUGCCAAGACGGGGAAGUCAAUUGAAGAGCUGGAGAAAGAGAUUCUGAAUGGACAAAAGCUCCAGGGACCAGCAACAGCAGCUGAAGUCCAUGUCAUCCUAAAGAACAAAAAUCUGCUUGACAAGUUCCCACUGUUCAACGCUGUGUACCAGAUCUGCUACCAGGGCCAUCCGGUCACAGAGUUUAUCAAGUGUUUGCAGAACCACCCAGAGCACAUGUAAGCUAACAGACUGGCCAAGGUGACUGGAGAAGCAGGAUCAACACCACUUUCACUUUGUACCUGUUAGAAAAUAGAUGGGAAAAUACGCACACUUGCAUAGUCCACAGCUCCGAUGCAGCAAGCAGACUCCCAACGGACGACGUGAAGUAAGGUUAGCUUGCAUUGGACUUGUGGUGUAUGCUGCAGCUAUUCUACUGUGUACUGUCUUUCGGGUUUUGUACGUACCUCUUGGUUUUCCUGCUCUUGGUUUUCUACAGGAGUAUGAUGACCCAGCAUGUAUUUGUUGGCGCCAAAUCAGAUACCAAUCUGUCCUCAGCUGUUGUUGGCACGUCCAUUGUGAUACCUCACUUCGUUAUCGUUUGUCUUAUUCAUGUUAAUUGUGGUUAGGUUUUGUGGCAGAUGCUAGGCUAUUUGUGUCCAUUUUUCACUUGUCUUGUGUAAUUCUGGUUCUCUCUGCAUCCUUUGGCGUUUGAUUCUUGACUUGUAUUGGUUGUUAGGCUUGUUGCUCGAUUCAAUCCAUGUUGCGGAAGUUCAGCUCUAUAGAACGAUUAGAAUUUAAAGGCAAUGUUCCUGCAUUCACGGAGACUACGUAUGUCUGCUCAAUCAGAAAUUACCUUUAAAUUUCAAUCGCACUAUAGUGCUCAACUUCUGCAAUAAGGAUUGAAUCGAGCCCUAGAUUUACAUAGCAACGGUUAAAAGAAAAUGCAAGGGCCUUUCAAUAUCACAUUGCUGAAAAGUCUUGGCUGUUGUGCUUUGUGAAACCAAAUACCUUUUUAAUAUUCGUAACCAUGACGCUGCCUUUGAAUUGCACUAACAUGUGGCUUAUGUUUGAAAAGGGUGUAUUUAAAAAAAAAUAAGAUUUGCCUUUUGAAAUAAAUGUUUUAUUCCAGUGCUGUCAAA